UGACGAGCUAGCUAACAUGGUUAGCAUCAUGGCUGUAUAAAGACGACUGGAAACAGCGUUGGAGGCGGAUCUCAGUUCAUUCCUAUGGUAGUUGCUCAGUGGCGCAUUGAAGCACAAAAUGAAGCGACUGUAGCUGUAGAAAGAACCAGGAUCAUCCGGGGCCUUUUGCCCACUGAGCAUGCGCAUGCGCAGUCGAGGUUUCGCCUUAAGCCCUGCAUCCGAUCUCCCGCGCUGGGCUCAGUGAAAUUAAUAGAGAAAUAGAUAGAUAAUUAAUGUAUUCCUUUUACGAUAUUAUUGUGACAAUCAAUCUGCAGGAAUUGCAAAGUUUCUUGGUCAAUGGGGGAAAGUCUUUUUGAGCCAAAAUGACGUCACGGGAGUUGUAGUAGAACCGUUUGGCCACUACAGCCAUUCACAAAAUUGGCUUCAACGGCUGUCGCACUUCCUUGGUUAGCAUCGAUACUACCGCACGUAGUGGUAGCUAGCUCCGUUGCUAGCUAUGUGUAACGGUCGCUGUUUCCAUGGUGUUCGUAGCUUCGAUAGCCUCUUGCUGCUAAUCAGUCAUUCUGUUCCUGCUUUUGGUGUGAAUGCAAUGAACAAUGACCAUAGUUGACAGAUCUUCAGAACAUUCUGACCACGAGUCAGUGGGGUGUAAGCGAUCUCCCUUUACCAGUGGAGACGCGGGGAUGGAUGGCAGCUGUUCCAGCAGCUGGGCGAUGGGUCCCACUAUGUCGAGCGACUCUCCCAGGAUGAAGGCGGCAGGAGGCUGCCUGGGCCCCACGCCGGGAGCCGCCGUCUACAACAGCACCGCCUCCUCUGGGGACCGGCCCAAGGAGCAAGUGAUAAGCAGUGGAGAUGGCAUCGACACGCCCCAGAAGGUCCUCUUCCCUCCAGAGCGGCUCAACCUAAAGUGGACUCAGGUUCAGCGCAUUGGUGCCGGUCUGCAGAACAUGGGGAACACCUGCUUCCUCAACUCGGCGCUGCAGUGUCUCACCUACACCCCGCCGUUCGCCAACUACUUGCUGACUCGGGAGCACUCUAAAACCUGUCACGAGCCGGGGUUCUGUAUGAUGUGCACAAUGCAAAACCACAUCAUUCAGGUCUUUGCCAACUCUGGGAAUGUCAUUAAGCCCAUCGGUGUGCUCAAUGAACUCAAAAGGAUUGCUAAGCACUUCCGCUAUGGCAGCCAGGAGGAUGCGCACGAGUUCCUGCGGUACACAGUGGAUGCUAUGCAAAAGUCCUGCUUACCUGGACCCAAAUUGGACAGGCAAACGCAGGCAACCACUUUCAUCCAUCAAGUGUUUGGCGGCUACCUGAGGUCCAGAGUUAAAUGUUUAAACUGCAAAGCCGUAUCCGAUACAUUUGACCCGUUUUUGGAUAUAACUCUGGAAAUAAAGACGGCUCCCAGUGUCUCAAAGGCUCUGGAGCAGUUUGUAAAGCCAGAACAGCUGGACGGAGAAAACGCCUACAAAUGCACAAAGUGCAAAAAAAUGGUCACCGCCUCAAAGAAAUUUACCAUCCACCGCAGCUCCAACGUGCUCACCCUGUCGCUCAAACGCUUUGCAAACUUCAGUGGAGGCAAACUCACAAAGGAUGUGAAAUAUCCGGAGUAUCUGGACCUGCAGCCCUUCAUGUCUCAGUCUCAAGGAGAUCCGCAUCUCUACGCUCUGUUCGCUGUGCUGGUCCACUCUGGGUUCAGCUGUCAUGCCGGACACUACUUCUGCUAUAUUAAGGUACUGGCACUGAUCACACCACUGUUCUAAUCUAUCAGCUGCCGUUGCCAAGUACACAUGCUCACAUUUGCCUCUCCAGCAGUCUAUUAACACCUCUCAGCAACAGUUAGACGC